CACCACACACCAAACACACACAAAAUCAAAACACACACAAACACAAAAACUAACCAAAUUACCAAAACAUGAACAACAAUUUAGCCAUGGGGAACAUGUUAGGCCAAUUAGGGUCCGUUGUUGCAAGUGUGAUGUUUAUUUGGGCCAUUAUCCAACAAUACUUUCCGUACAACAUUCGCAACUUUAUUGAAAAAUACUCUCAACGUUUCUUAACUCUUUUCUACCCUUACAUCCAAAUCACCUUCAACGAAUUCACCGGCGAACGUUUCAAACGAAGCGAAGCCUAUUCCGCCAUCGAGACCUACCUCAGCAAGACGUCAUCAUCGCAAGCCAAACGCCUCAAAGCUGACGUCAUCAAAAACAACACCCAACCACUAUCCCUCUCCAUGGACGACCACGAAGAAGUCUCCGAUGAUUACAAAGGAAUCAAAGUGUAUUGGUCGUCCGGUAAAAACAUAAUGAAAACUCAACAGUUUUCAUUUUAUCCAAAUACCGACGAAAAACGAUAUUAUCGGCUCACGUUUCAUAAACGAUAUCGUGAAAUUAUCGUUGGGGAUUACUUAAACCAUGUGUUGAAAGAAGGAAAGGAAAUUAAAAUCCGCAACAGAUUACGAAAACUUUAUACUAAUAAUGGCUCACAAUGGAGCCACGUGGUUUUUGAACACCCUGCUUCAUUUCAAACUUUAGCUAUGGAUCCCGUUAAAAAAAAACAAAUUAUCGACGAUUUAUCGACUUUUACUAACGCGGAAGAGUUUUAUAAUCGCAUCGGUCGAGCGUGGAAACGUGGUUAUUUACUGUACGGUCCACCCGGGACGGGUAAAUCCACUAUGAUAGCCGCUAUGGCGAAUUUUUUAAGUUAUGAUAUAUAUGAUCUGGAAUUAACUGCGGUAAAAGAUAAUACUGAGUUAAGAAGAUUAUUGAUCGAAACAUCAAGUAAGUCGAUAAUUGUUAUUGAAGAUAUCGAUUGUUCAAUGGAUGUAACGGGUCAAAGAAAAAAAGAAAAUAAAGAAGAUGGGGAUAAUGAAGAAAAGAGUAAUAAUAGUAUUGAAAAAAAACCGGGUGAGGGAAACGAGUCGAAAACUAGUAAAGUUACGUUAUCCGGGUUGUUGAAUUUUGUAGACGGGUUAUGGUCCGCUUGUGGGGGAGAUAGGAUAAUUGUGUUUACAACAAAUCAUGUUGAAAAACUUGAUCCUGCGUUGAUAAGGCGAGGGAGAAUGGACAAACAUAUCGAAUUAUCGUAUUGUGAGUACGAGGCGUUUAAGGUGUUGGCGAAUAAUUAUUUGUAUCUGGAAACACAUGAAUUGUUUGACAAGGUGAGAAAGUUGUUGGACGAAGUUGAAAUAACUCCGGCUGAUGUUGCCGAAAAUUUGAUGCCGAAAACUAGUCCUCCCGAUGCUGAAGGGUGUUUGAUGAGUUUGAUUGAAGCUUUGGAGAAGACUAAAGAGGAAGAGAGGGUGAAGAAAUUGAAGAUUGAAGAAGAGGAGAGUAAAAACAAGGAUUCGACUGCGGUGAAAACUGAUGAAGUUCAGGCGGUAAAAGUUGUUGAAAAUGGAAGUUAGUCAAUUGGUCAAAGGUAAAUUUGAUGUUCCCUUUUUUUAUGGAGUUUGGAUCAGUUUUGGUCUCUAUGCUUCAGUUUUUACAAUAUUAUUUGGGCAUUUUUAUUUUCAAUGCGACUGGCACGAUGGAAUAAUAUUAUGAAAAUGAAUUUCGUAUGUACAUAUAUUUUUAUAUUUAAUUUCAUUUGGAAGCAGUUUCUUUAUCUAUA